UCAAAAUAUUCAGUUUCAAACUCGCAAAACCAGAGCGCGCUCUCUCUCUCUCUCUAGUGAAACAAACAUGGUUUCUUUCAAAUCCGAAGAACAGAGCCAGUUGCAACUCGUCGAAAGAGAAGAGAUCGAUGAUGAAGAAGAAUUGUUUGAAGCGAUCGACAAAUUGACUACUCAUGGAAUCAAUGCUGGAGAUGUGAGAAAACUUCAAGAUGCAGGGAUCUACACCUGCAAUGGCUUGAUGAUGCAUACGAAGAAGAGCUUAACUGGAAUCAAAGGAUUAUCUGAAGCCAAAGUGGAAAAGAUAUGCGAGGCUGCAGAAAAGCUAGUGAAUUUCGGCUACAUCACCGGAAGUGAAGCUCUGCUCAGAAGAAAGUCGGUAGUCCGCAUCACAACCGGAAGCCAGGCACUAGAUGAGCUCUUAGGCGGUGGAAUUGAAACUAUGGCAAUUACAGAAGCUUUCGGGGAAUUCAGGUCUGGAAAGACACAGCUGGCACAUACUCUCUGCGUUUCUACACAGCUUCCCACUAACAUGAAAGGAGGGAAUGGAAAAGUUGCUUAUAUUGAUACUGAAGGAACUUUCCGACCUGAUCGAAUAGUACCUAUAGCUGAAAGGUUUGGCAUGGAUGCAGGAGCAGUCCUGGACAAUAUCAUUUAUGCCCGUGCAUACACAUAUGAACAUCAGUACAACUUGCUACUUGGUCUGGCAGCAAAAAUGGCUGAGGAGCCUUUUAGACUUUUGAUUGUGGACUCAGUAAUUGCUCUAUUUCGAGUGGAUUUCACAGGAAGAGGAGAACUUGCAGACCGCCAGCAAAAGCUAGCUCAGAUGCUCUCUCGAUUAAUAAAGAUAGCAGAGGAAUUUAAUGUUGCAGUCUAUAUGACCAACCAAGUGAUUGCGGACCCAGGUGGAGGUAUGUUCAUAUCAGAUCCAAAAAAGCCAGCAGGAGGGCAUGUGCUUGCUCAUGCAGCCACAAUAAGGUUGAUGUUCAGGAAGGGCAAAGGGGAACAGCGUGUCUGCAAGGUGUUUGAUGCUCCAAAUCUACCAGAGGCCGAAGCAGUAUUUCAGAUAACACCUGGAGGAAUUGCAGAUGCAAAGGACUGAAGUUUCUUCGGAACCAGAAAAGGGCAACCAGUGCAUAUUUUAGAUUUCCUGAUAUCUACUAGGAGUAUAGUUUUUCUGUUUCUCUGCCAUGUGGUUGAGCAUAUGUUGUAAUUGAUGAGACAUACAAGUCAUUUUGGCAACAAUUCCAGUAUUUCAGAUAUAAAAGUUAGCAGCAUAUGAAGUA